AUGGGGAGCACAAUAAGCAAGGUACAAGGCUGGUAUGAGAAGAAUAUACAGGAUACUAGGGAACCAGCAAUCAAGCUUAUAGACCCCAUCUUUCACCACCAUAAAAUCAAAACUUACGCCAUUGAUCUGAGAAAUGCAGAACUGCCCCUGGAGAAGAGAGCUUUAGCUGCACUAUAUAUCGGACUGCUGGCCUAUACAGGUGGUAUCAGUGCUGCUGAGCUUGUCUCACAAUAUAUUAAGGACAUGAUUGAUAUUUUGAUCAUGCCAGAUACUUCUGGGAAAGUAAGGAUUGCUGUCUUAAAAGGGCUAUGCGGUGUAUGCUAUUUAAGCUAUACAAACCAAAAUGAAGCCAAAGAAAACCACCUAACUGAAAUUCUCAUUUCCUAUCUGGAUGAAGAUGAAGAUUCACCAGAAGCUGAUUCAGAUUUAAUUACAGUGAAGUUCUGGGUGUGUUACCUUAUGACUGUUGUCUGCUGUAACAACACUCCCUGUAUUAAGUUAUUUCAUGAGGUAGGUGGCCAAAUGCUAGAAAAAAAGCUGGACUCCCUCUCUAAUAUGGACUGGUUUGGCUGGCCACAAAACUAUGCCAAGUUAAUGUUUAUGCUAAUGGGAUAUUCAAAUGUGCAAGCAGACAAAUAAAUAUCCAGAAAUGGACAUUAAAUUGCCAAUAUAUUACAUAUAUACUACCUUACUAAAAAUCUGUUUUCCAAGGCUUGUGGUGUGAAUAGGACCUUUUCUGAGUCCAAAUGCUAAACUGACUUGUAAUCCUAUGAUUUUGGCAUUUACUAUCAAAUA